CGUGUCGUCUGUCAGAGAAGAAGAAGAAGAAGAGCUCACGGAAGUAGGGCUUCCCGUUGUUGCGGUAAAAACAGCUGAUCUCCGUUAAAUUCCGUUAAACUCCGGUAAAUCUUUGGACUGACCGUUUCUCAGCAGGACGAUGGGCACCAGAGACGACGAGUACGACUACCUGUUCAAAGUCGUCCUCAUCGGUGACUCGGGCGUAGGAAAGAGUAACCUGCUGUCCCGCUUCACCCGAAAUGAGUUCAACCUGGAGAGCAAGAGCACCAUCGGGGUCGAGUUCGCCACGCGCAGCAUCCAAGUCGACGGCAAGACGGUGAAGGCCCAGAUCUGGGAUACGGCCGGCCAGGAGCGCUACCGUGCCAUCACGUCAGCGUAUUACCGCGGGGCGGUCGGCGCUCUCCUGGUCUACGACAUCGCCAAACAUCUAACCUACGAGAACGUGGAGCGCUGGCUGAAGGAGCUGAGAGAUCACGCCGACAGCAACAUCGUCAUCAUGCUGGUGGGCAACAAGAGCGACCUGCGUCACCUCCGGGCCGUCCCCACCGACGAGGCGCGAGCUUUCGCUGAGAAGAAUGGUUUAUCUUUCCUGGAGACGUCGGCUCUUGACUCCACCAACGUAGAGACGGCCUUCCAGACCAUCCUGACAGAGAUCUACCGUAUCGUCUCCCAGAAGCAGAUGUCGGAGCGUCAGGAGAGCGACAUGUCGCCUAGCAACAACGUGGUCAACAUCCAGGUCCAGCCCACCGAGAACAAACCAAAGAUGCAGUGCUGUCAGAACAUCUAGCCCGGCUCGUGGAUCUGCUGCUCCUCCCCCGUUUUCUCCCCCCUCCCCUCCUCUCUCUCUCCUCCCCUUAGCUCACGCCUCCUCACCUCCUCCCUCAGAAAAUAGACUGCCUGAGCGUACCGUGCGGCGCAGGAGGGACGAGCCGCGGCUUCUUGACGCCGUGACCCCGAAACCCUGCACCCGAUCUGUACCUGCCUCCCCCUCUCCUCCCCCUCUCCUCCCCCCCUGGUAAAUAUAUCCCAGUAUAAGACGUCACCGCGUGGGGCGGCCCCCCUCCUCCUCCAUAAGCAGUUAGGCUCCAGCCGGACAGCAGGCAGCAUUUCAUCACGUUAGAUUUCAUUACUGUAGAUGCGCUGACAUGUCACGAAAAUGUCUUAAUAUAUGAAUGUGAUUGUUUUUCUCUUCAGACUUUGUGCUUCUGUUGAUUCCUCCACAUUUUUUAUGACCUCUCUCUGUCUCGUAUCAUAUCUACGACUCGGUAUAUGAAUUUAAAGCACAUCGACGUCGCUCUGAAGUGUAUUCCUGUAAACAAGCUUCUCCUCUUUUAGUGCAAUGUACUGUUUGUUUUUUGGGAACCAUGUGGAUGUAUCGAGCACGGCGUCGACGUGGACGCGCUCCGCUCAGUGUCGCGCCUUUUUUCGAUCUGAUUGCUGUGAAUACGCCGCUCGUGAACCGCAGAAACUUUGUUUUUUUUUUGUUUUCGUUGCUUCAGUUUAUCGCGCGGCGGGAAAAAGUCGGGCGUCGAGCUUGCAUGUUCGCGCGCAGCCUCGCCGUCGUCGCUGGGUUCACGGUGAGGCGGCGGGUUCGGGCCCGGCUUUGCAUGGCGUGCUCUGCCGUGCUGCAUGUUUUUUUGUUUUUUAAAGAUCAGGUGAAAGACUCUGUGGAACACUAUCAUCACCUCGAGGGGUGAGACAUUUUUAGGCUCCCGUAACAUUUGGAUCCUGGCGUCGAGGUUCUGCUGAUCCGAUUGUCCAGCUUGCGUUCAUCUUUCCACAUAUUUGACUACAACUAUGCAGAAACUCGCACACGGAUUUCUUUUCGUCUUAGUGCACUUCUAUAGCAAAUGAAGGAAUAACUAAACCGCUAUGAGUACCUGAGGUAGUAUUCUCGUAUGACAUUCUUAUGAUACUCUAAAUAUUAUAAUCUCCUGUCGUCUUGCAGAUUAAGCUUUGCAUGUAACCACAGAAAGAAUCGUAGUUAGGACGCACUGAGAAACGGAAACGGACGUUCACCCGCGAGGUCGGAUUUCAUGAGCGUGUCAAACUCUUGCACUGAACCUUAAUCGUUGAUGCUUCGUGUCUAGGAUUAGAUUUUUACUGCACAUGGAGAAUCUGGACCUCUUUCCUCGGAUCGGACCGCUCUUUGUUUUUUUGUUUGUUUUUUUAACGAUGGUGCCACUUUUCACAAAACGCCGAGCCGAGUCUCGAAAGUCUUUCCUUAAAUCCUCGUUCAGACACGAGGAGUCAAGAAGAAACUGGAGGGAUUCAGCCACAUUCCUGCUCCACUUCAGGCCGCGGUGCCUCCUUCCUGUCCGAUUAAGAAAAACGCCUCCUUCACCGCCAUCGCACCUCCGCCUCCUAUAACCCAUAACCUUGCUCGCCACGUGCUGUGUCGUCCCGCCCUCCGUCACAUUAAGCCUACGUACACCGAGCUGCCUCUGACUUCAACACAAUGCAUGGCUUUCUGUACGACGCCCGCGCGCCCACGUCACGUCGUACCGCCUUACGUAGCUGACAUUGUCAUAACUGUCCAUGAAAUCUGCCGAGGGGUUCGAGCUCGGCUCCGCUGAGAAGACGCGCUUCGGUCGCAGACGCCUCGCUAACAACCUCCUCGCUAUAACUCCCUGAGUGUGUGUCUGUGUGUGUGUGCGUGUCUGUGUGUGUGUGCGUGUCUGUGUGUGUGUGUUCAGAGGCAGAGUAGACCUGUAGGUCUGGACCGAGCGAGCCUGGCUGGCAGUGCCAAUGGCGUUUUAUUGUUCGAACAGACGGCGCCGCCAGCCGAGCCUCUCCAGACUCACUCGCUGGCGAUCCGUGAAGAAGAAGAAGUGAUUCCUUUUUUUUGUUUGUUUGUUUUGAUUUCUGAUCCUGUUCAUGUGAUCCAUUGUUCCGUGUUUUUUAUUUGUGUUUUCAUUUCUUUUUUUCUUUUUUUUACUAUAUUCUAUAACUGACUGUAAUUCCAGUGUAAACGUGUAAAAGAGUGAAAUGAUGUCAUUUCAAUGAAUCCGGAGGGUUUAAAUGUGAGAGGGGGGUCAAAAUGAAUGGUUUUAUGUUUUGUACAGAUUGAUAAAUUGUACAAUUGUGUCUAUAUCUUAAGUUAUCAGUUCAUCUUAAUAAAGCGCACCAGUCAUAAACCUUUAA